CUAUAAUGGCUGCCAUUGCAUUAAUUAUGCGCACUGCCACGCUCAAUCAACGCUGGUAGAACUUACAAGGCCGUGCGGUGAUCUCGAUUCGUCGCAAAUCGGCCACGCACCGCGGGACAAUUUCUAGGAGAGUUGCCACAGUUUCCAACUGCACUUGGCCCUCGAAAGGCUCUGCGCGGUCUGACACACGCGUGUCGGCUAAGUACAAUGCACUCAAUUGUAUUAUGAAAAAUGUAUGUGAACAUUUACGCUAACGUCACAGACUAUGCUUCAGAACCUUCGGUGCCUUCGGCGCCUGCACAGAACCAAAACUGAAGGUACUGCAACGUGUGUGGAGAAGGCCAUCUGACUGAAGCGUGCCCCCUCUUGGGGCUGGCCCAAAAAGUUGAUGACAAGUCAGUGCCGUCGCGGGCACGCUUGUCGCUUCCACCGACAUUGGCCUUGGCCGAAAAUGAAGAGUGUGGUCCUCGCAUCACAGCCCGUGAGGACAUUGCUGUGGGUACCCAGUUUGGGCCUGUUGAGGCGCCCCGAUAUCGUGCCUUCAAAGGGACGCCACGCUUUAAGCUCAAGGUGUUUCCAACCAAGGGUCGCCCCACUUGCCUCGACACAUCCGAUGAGUAUCAGUGUAACUGGAUGUGCUUUGUGGAGCCUGCAUCGGAGCCAUCGACGCAGAAUCUCAUUGCUUACCAAUUAGGUCAAGACGUCUACUUCAGCGUGCAGAAGCCGAUCAAGUGUGGUGAUACACUGUAUGUCGGCUAUGCACCACCAUACGGACGCAAGAUGGCUGGACCCCCUGAAGAACCUCAGGCAGCAACCGCGCCGAAUGUACCCGCUCAGCCAGGUGGUCUACCGGCUAAAAGGAAAAGGGGGCGGCCCCCGAGAAGUGCCUCACUAACACGCCCCACAAAAGUCACCAUCAUACCUCAGGUAAACUCGCCAGCAGAUAGCACGGUCAGCCUGAAAGCCGCCUCGAGCGUGGUCUCCUCGCACGAUCGCCAGCAAUGGACUUGCUCGCAGUGUGGACGUCUGUACAAAGACAGUGUGCUGUUUGCACGGCAUCUACAGGACCAUUACCGGCCAGCUUACCUGCGAGAACUCAUGAGUCGGCGCCGCGAGGGAGGCCGGCCCAUUGCCACACGGGGUCGUGGAAGGCCAAGGUCACAGCCGUUGGCACUGCAGAACAGCCAAGCCAUGGUGAUGGCAAGUUCUGGGAACAGUUCGGACGCAGUAACGAUGGAAGCAACUUGCGAAGAUGCCAAUGGAGCCCUCUUGAUCCAAGAUGAUGCAGCGAGCCAUAUGACAAACCAGAACGGAGCCAUGACUGAUGACCAAAACUCCAAGAAGAAAUGCACUUUAAGAGAUGGAGCCCACCGGCAAGUUCUCAUCCAGCUUCAGGAUGGCUCCAUUCAUGAGAUAUUGUCCUUCGAUGGAAGUCUCAACUUACCAGCUACUGCAACCACUGUUGAGGGGCCGCAGACAGGGGAAGACAUCCAACUGGUUGAAGACAGCUCCUGUGCAGCUGCUCCGACAACUGCUACGACUGUGACAACCCUUGAUCAGCUGUCCCUGCAACAGUUCCCACCAGAGGCAGUUGUGGCUGUAGGGAGUGGUCAGGCCGCUGUUCAGCAGCAGCAGCCAGCUGUGAUCAGACGCGGCAGAAAGCCGAAAGCAAGUGGGACAACCGCUCGUGAGCCAGAUGUCACACCAACGCGAAGGUUCGAAGAAGUAGAACGCCAGUCUGCGGGCAAGUACAACCUGAGAACGAUGCGCAAGGCCCUUGUCGUCGAUGAUGAGGCUGAUGACAAGGACUCUGAUUAUGAAGGGGACGACUACUCAGACUUUGAAAGUGGUUAUGAUGGCAAGUAUGCCUCAAGCUUUGAGUCAGAUUCCCACCUUCCCAGUGGCCAGGCUGUGGCAAAUGACUCCACAGAUCCCUGCAUUGCAACAACGGCCCAAGGACAGCCUGCAUACCCCAAAAGUCAAGCUCUGGCCAGUGGUGUUCCUAAGGCGCUGCAUGUAGCUGUCGAGAUGCUGACCUCAUUGCCUUGCCAGUCUAGCGACCAACCAAUGGACAUAAGUGAUGGGGGCCCAGUUCAGCCUUCUGACGCUAUGCAGAAUAAAAGGCCACAGGAUUUGACGGUCGUGGUUGCUGAAAGCCUAGGAACAUCGCCUGAGGGAAUAGUCGUAGAGCCUGUGAAUGCAUAUGCAACUGAAAGUGCUGAGGUACAAAAGGAAGGUGGCGAGGUGGUGGAAAAGUUCUACAGGAAUGUGGAACAGGUUCGACUCGACCGGCCCAAGAGGCCAGGCCGUUUCUCGUGUGACCUGUGCGGCAAGGGCUUCAAUCAGACGCUGUAUCUGUUUCGUCACAUCCGUAAACACACUGGCGAGUUCACCUGCCACCAGUGCAAUAAGGUGUUUGCACGCAAAGAAAAUCUGCAGAGCCAUGCCUGUUCUGAGCGAUCGAUAGACCGGUUGGAGUUGCCAUGCACCAUUUGUGGCAAGACUUUUGGCACAGACAGACUGCUUCGCCGGCACAUGGCAAAGCACACAGGGCAACAUAUGUGCCCAGACUGUGGCAAGAGCUACACUACCAGGGAGAUCCUGGCGAACCAUGCGUGUCCACAGCGGCCCAAAGUGGAUAGGUUCAGCUGUGGUGUCUGUGGCAAAGGGUUCACGCGGCAUGGCUACCUGCUGAAGCACCUGCCUGUGCACACAGGGCAACACACAUGUCCCGUGUGUGGCAAGUGGCUGCGCUCGCUCGACUCUCUUGCCAACCACAUGCGCAUCUGCACCCAAGUACAGGAGAUACAGCUCCACGGGCAGGCAGCCUGCUCACACUGCCAGAAGGUGUUCACCAAUGCAGCUGAGUUUCGACGACACCAGUAUGAGUACACACAUGUGCACCAGUGUAAAGUGUGUGGGGGUCGCUUCCGCAACCCCACACUGCUUGCAGCGCAUGUGUGUCAAGGGAAGCCAGUACUUUGCGAAGCCUGCGACGAAGUCUUUGACUCCGUCGCUGCCCGUGAUCAGCAUCAGGCUGUUACACACGGAGAACCACAGUUCAAGUGCGAGACGUGCGGCAAGGCUUUCUUCAAGCAGGAAUCACUGUCAAAGCAUCCAUGUGUCAACAUACUCGAUGCCACUGGCGCCGAUUUGGGAUCACGCAAGCGGGACACCGACCUAACCCCUCUGGUGUGCGAGAUCUGCGGCUCAACUUUUUCUUCAACAAGCAGUCUCAACGUUCACAGAAACCUUCAUGGAGAAAAGCGAUUCCAGUGUGACAGUUGUGGCAAACGCUUCCAUCGUAAGGACCUCUUGUUGGAGCACCACGCAGUACAUGGUGAUCCAACAUUCCCGUGUCCAACGUGCCAAAAACUCUUUAAGACUAAGAAGUCCCUGGACGUGCACAUGAUGAUCCACAGUGGUGUCAAGAGGUUUAAGUGUGGUGUCUGCGGAAAGGAGUUCUUCCAAAAGGGCAACCUUCAGAAGCACGAGGACACACACCUGAGUGAGAGGCGGCACAAAUGCACAAUCUGCCACAAGGUGUUCGCCACGCGAGAGUCCCUGGCCCGCCACGUGCUGGAACACUCCCAGGGCAAGAGCUGCACCUGCGAUGUCUGCGGACGGGGCUUUGUCAAGGAGCACCUGCUACGCAGCCACCAGCGCAUGUUCCACUCAGCGCAGAAGUACCUGUGCUGCUACUGCGGCCUCAGCCUCAAGCUGCGCCACUCUCUCAAGCGGCACCUGCGCAAAAAGCAUCCUGAAGAAGAGUCCCAGUGGUCCAACCCUGAUGCACUUAAUGCCAUGUUAGCCCCCAAGGCUUCCGAAAACACUGGGCUCGAAUCAGACAUGGGCCUGGAUACAGACGCCACUGUUGAGAGUCUUCAGCAUGCUGCAGAGACGGCUACCAAUCCAACAGUGACAAACUUUGAAGUGGCUUUCGAAGGCACAAAUAUUAACACUUCCAUGUCCGAUGUUGGAAACAACAUCAUGCAAGAUUCUACGGAAUCCCUUGUGGCUAGUGUAAUGGGUCAACAUGGCAGCUCAGAGGUUCUCUUGGCAGUUGAAGGCCUUAGCAGUGAGGAACUUCGUGAGGCGAUCGCGAGUGGUCGAGCCCAGAUAAAGCAGGGACCGACACCUGACACCAUAGAGAUUUCUAUGCCUUUUGAUGUGGCGGAUGAGACGGGCAGGCAGGUGACAUACAUGGCUAACCUGGUAGACCCUGCAGACCAGGUAGUGGUUGACGAUGAGACAUCCGUGAUCACAGAGAAUGUACUCGAGGAAGAGUCUGUGCUAAAUCAAGCAGCAUCUGGACAAUAUUUAGUGUCUGAGCUGAGCGAAACUAUUGUCGCUGCUGGAACCAUGGUGGAAGAUCACACUGCCAUACAGUCCUUACAGGAUGACUCAUCUUCACAGAUGCAGAACAUGGUGGUGCAGGAAGCAGUUGACUCGAGUUCAGAGCCAGAGUACAUCACCCUGCCAAUGUAUGAAGCAGAAGCAACAGCAGAAGACCACCAAACUGUAUCACUCGAGGCUGCAGACAGUGGAAAGGCAGCUGGAGUGACAGCAGCGUCUCAUCUCACAACUGCACUUUCCUGCGAGGAACCCCAGUUUUUGGUCACCGAACAAGAAGUUGCCGAGAGUACCCAUGUUGUAUAUAACCCUGGCCAGCUCCAAGAACAAGCAGCCAUGCCCCAAGGCACUAUUGUUCUCGAUGAUGGCACCAUACUGCAACAGGAGGAACAGCAGGGUGCUUCUUCUGAUCUACUGCUUUAUGUUCUCACUACAAGUGAAACACAAGACGGCUGACCAAGACAGCACUGGUGACCAGUGUUGACAUGAAACUCUGUAAUGGUAGCACUGAACCGAAGCCCUUGUGGAAAAUGCAAUCUUGUAAGACACAUUAGCAGAUAACAUAGAGUGACGUGUGACUGCAAACUUUAUUACGUGCUGCUGCUUGCAUAGGAACGGGCCUCAAGUGGAUGUUGUGUAGAUAUUGUUACGGGAAGAAACCAGACCCACGGUUGCAGAGUUGGUGUAUUCACAGUGAUUGCAGAGGUUUCCUAGGCCGAGAUAAGUCCCGUCCUCUUCCUCCAAUCUGAGUGAAGUUCCUCGUUCUCUUUACCGCAACGUCACCCUCCCGGCGGGCGUAGCUCCGUCCUAGUGCACAUCAUGGAGCACCAGUUGAGGCGGGGAUACACGGCUUGAGCCUGGCGACGUGAACAACGUUGCUGUUGAUAUGAGGUAGCAAAGACACGUCAGACAAUUGCCGUGUGAUCUUGUACGGACCAGAGUAGUGACAGAUGAGUUUUUCAGCCAAGCCAACACGGCGUAAGGGCGUCCAAAGGAGGACAAGAGAACCUGGAGAAAAUUUUGUGUCUCGGUGCUGGUCGUUGCGUCGUUUUUGAGAAGCUUGCGAUGUUGUGAGGCGUUGACGAGCAACGUCUCGGGCAUGGGUGGCCAAAAUGAUUGCAUCACGGGCGUAAUCGUUCAAUGAGAAUUUGACACCAGAUGAUAGCAACGUGUCAAACGGCAAGACAGGGUCGCAGCCAUACAAAAGGUAAAAUGGCGAAAAUCCGGCGGUUUCGUGACGGGAUGAAUUGUAAGCAAAAGUUAUGCAUGGUAAAGCGGCGUCCCAGUCAUGGUAAUUGCCGGGAACGUACAUGGCAAGCAUGUCAGUUAGAGUGCGGUUCAGUCGCUCGGUGAGCCCAUUCGUUUGAGGAUGGUAUGCGGUAUCGAUCUUGUGUUCAGUAGCAGUGGAGUGGAGCAGGUUAUCGACGACCAUCGACAAAAAGUAACGGCCACGAUUCGUUAGUAACUGUCGAGGGGCGUCGUGGAGUAAAAAGUCCGCAACAUCUGUAGCGCAGCUAGUCGGUAUCGUGCGUGCAAUGGCGUAUCUUGUGGAAUAAUCUGUCGCGACGGCAAUUCACUUGUUCUCUUUGAUAGAGAGAGAGAAUAAAAUGAGGGAAAGGCAGGGAGAUUAACCAGAAAUUGGAGCAUCCGGUUUGCUACCCAACACUAAGAGAAGGGAGAAUAAAGGUGGGAAAGAAAUGGGGAAUGGGCCAAGUAGGUCGAGGCCCACACGAAAGAAUGGUUCUGUUUGGACCUCAAUUGGCUGAAGCAAACCAGCAGGAGGCAAAGCAGGCGUUUUCCGCCGCUGACACAGGUUACAAGAAGCGACAUAGCGGCGCACAGAGUGAUAGAGACCAGGCAAGAAGAAGCGGCGCCUUCCACGGUCGUAAGUCCGAGUGACGCCCAUAUGUCCAGCAGUAGGAGCGUCAUGAAAUUCCUGGAGCACGGCGAGCCGCAGGUGCUUGGGAAUGACUAGUAAGAGCUCAGGACCAUAAGACUGAAUGUUGUGGUGGCACAAAAUGUCGCUAUGCAUUGUGAACAUCCGGAGAGAGGGGUCGGUGGUCGUGUCGCUUAGAUGGUCCAUAAGGUUUUGAAGAAUAGGGUCUUGUCGUUGCUCGCUGCCUAUGUGAAGAAAGCCGGAUGUGGAAAGAGUACAGAUGUUUAUGUCACUAUCAGCGUCGUCCAGUUGAUCCACAGGAUGGCGAGAAAGGCAGUCAGCAUUGUUGUGCAUGCGUCCAGAUUUAUGCACUAUUGUGAAGUCACACUUUUGUAGACGCAAUGCCCAACGCACAAGUCGUCCAGUUGGGUCGUUUAAAGAGGGGAGCCAACAGAAAGCAUGGUGAUCUGUGACGACACGAAAAGGACCACCAAACAAACAUGGUCGAAAUUUUGCGACAGCCCAAAUGUGUGCAAGGCAGCCUCGCUCAGUUAUCGAGUAAUUGCGUUCGGGCGUGGGGGAGAAGGUGACUCGCAUAGGCGGUGACAUGGUCAUGGCCCUGUUGAUGCUGAGCGAGAACAGCGCCUAUACUAUGACCGCUCGCGAAGUGGCACUUUGAGGAAUUCAGCUGAAGGCCAGCAGAGCGAAACACCGAGAGUAUAGUUCUGAGGCCCUGCAGGUGACUUUCAAAAGUCGCCGAAAACACGAUAAGGUCGUCUAGGUAACAGAGGCACGUUGACCACUUUAAACCACACAAGAGGGAGUCUAUCAUGCGCUCGAAUGUAGCUGGGACAUUGCACAGUCCAAAAGGCGUGAGUUUGAACUGGUAAGCCAUAUGGUGUUACGAAGGCGGUUUUUUCGUGGUCCAUCUCAUCAAUGCUGAUAUGCCAAGAGCAUGAACGGAGAUCGAUUGAAGAAAAAUUGUUCGAUCUGUGAAGGCAGUCAAAGGAGUCACCUAUUCGGGGCAGUGGGUUCACAUAUUUUUUGGUUAUCCGGUUCCGGUGACAGUAAUCGACGCAGAAGCGCCUUCGAUUUGUCCUUUCUUGUAACCGAAACCACUGGGGAUGCCCACGAGCUACUCAAUAGUUCAAUGAUGUGCUUUUCAAUCAUUUUGUCGACCUAUUUUUGUAUGAUGGUCCUUUCUGCAGCGGAGACACGAUAUGGCCUCCUAUGAAUGGGGCUCGCCUCACCGUUGUUGAUUCGAUGGGUGAGAACAGACGUUUGUCCCAGAGGCCGCUCGUUCAAGUCAAAGAUAUUCCAAUAAGAUGGCAGCAGGUGACGAAGAGCUGUUGUGUGUUCCUCAGGAACGUCAGGGGCAAUCAUCUUAAAAAUGUUGUCCACAGUCUACGAGGACGAAGCAAUCGGCAACAAAAGUGUGCUGCUAUCGAAGAGAGAAAAGAAGUAAUAUUGUAUUCUUUCAGAGGAGAGAGAUUCACCAUGGCGAUGCCCUGGGGAACCACAUCAGCGAGUGGCGACACGACAUAGUCGCCGUCUGAGACGGGAGAAGAGGGCCUUAGGACAACAGCUGUCGCAACCUUUGGAGAAAGACGAACGAACUCUGCCGAACAUAAAUAGGAUGGUGCACAAGUUGCGGUGUUGGCAGGGAAGGGAAGAUCAAGCUGUACAACUCCAUCAGAGCAGUCAAUCUGGGCUGCAUGCUGCUCAAGAAAGUCUAUGCCCAGAAUGAGGUCGCGUGGACACUGUUCGAGUACAAUAAACAAAUUUAUAGCAUAGCGGUCGCCGACGGUGACACGGGCUGUACACACUCCAACAACAGAUGCAGUGCUACUGUCGACAACUCGUACUGUACUCGUUGCGGCGAAUGUGAGGACCUUUCAGAGCCUUUGGAAAAGAGCAGCGCUCAUAACCAAUAGCUGCGCCCCCGUGUCCACAAGAGAUCGGACAUGACAUCCAGUAGGUUUCCACAUGUAGGCAGGGUCGGUAGAGGGUUUGGAGGCCAGGUAGAAGUUGCAGCGUCACCUCCGAUAGCUGCGCUGCCUAGUUUCCCGAAGGAAGCGACCGAUUGUGCAUGGGAAAGAUGAGCGGUGAACGUGUCCGACGGCCUUGUGGAGGCGAGGAGUGGCUAGAUCUUGGCUGGAAAUUGUCGGCGAUGGUGCUCUAGCUCGGCAUGUAGGGCGAGAAAGAAGGACCAUCCGGCAGUUGUUGGUUGUGACUAGGAGACUAGCACCAGGGAGGUGGUGUAAAGCGACUGCGGCAGUGACGGGCCAUGUGUCUAAUACGAGAGCAAUUGAAGCAGAUUGAACGAGGUAAGUGUUUGUUUGCCGAACCGAGCAGAGUGAUGGCAUGCCCAGACUUGUAAUUUCUUCUCGAAUGACCGCUUGAUUGAGGGUGACGGAUGGCAUGUUAUCCCUGAAGUCGGAACGAAUAGGUGGAGCGUGAGACAUGGCCUCAAGCUCACGGCGAAUAAGGCGCACGAUGUCGUCAGUUGCCGUGGGAUGGAUAUGCCACGGUGGAUCUUCACAGGUCGCGGCGGUAUUUGGCAAUCUGUCAUGCGAUUGAGCAACUCGGUGGCCUUUUGCCUGUUCGAAGCGCUGACGCUCUUUGAUGAGCUCAUCCACCGUAGUACAAUUUCUGCUUACAAGGAGGUUGAAGACAUAAUCGGCAACACCUUUUAGAAUGUGCCCAAUCUUGUCAGCCUAGGUCAUGCUGUCGUCAGCUUUACGACAGAGAGAUGGUACACCUUGUAUGUAGAUGACAUGCGACUCUGCUGACGUCUGAGCGUGGCCUGCAAGUUCUUUCUUUGCAGCCAGCUGACGACCAACCGGUCUGCCGAACAUAUCUCGCAUUUUCUGUUUACAGACUUCCCAGCUCAUCAAGUCAGCUUCAUGUGUCUUGUACCUUUGCCACACAGUUCCUUUAAGUUAGAAGAGCAGGUUCACUAGCAUGAGGGUUGGGUCCUACCUUAGCUGUCGCUCACUCUCUCGUAUAGUUUUAGCCACUCCUUGACGUCAGUAUUAUCCAUGCCACAAAGGAGCCCAGGGUCCGGUCUCACGGAUGAAUCAAGAAGACCGCUAGCAUGGCCGUUGACGCUUGGUUUGCCAUCGUUACUGGCUCAGACUUUGGCUGUUGGUUUGCUCUUGUGGCGGCAGGCAGAUGACAUCCGCUGCGAAGUUCCGUCCUGGUACCCCAGCCCCUCCGCCAAAUGUUACGGGAAGAAACCUAACCCAUGGUUGCAGAGUUGAUGUAUUCACAGUGAUCGCAGAGGUUUCCCAGCCGGAGAUAAGUCCCAUCGUCCUUCCUCCAAUCUUAGUCAACUUCCUCGUUCUCUUUACUCCAACAAUAUUAGGACAUUUGUACAGCCACCACUGGUCAUGCAAUGUGGCACUUGUGGCAAAAUUGUUAACGUAGUUCCUGAAUCAGGGACUUUCAAUUGACUUCUUUCUUUGCGGCCCCGCCGCAGUGGUCUAGUGGCUAAGGUACUCGGCUGCUGACCCGCAGGUCGCGGGUUCGAAUCCCGGCUGCGGCGGCUGCAUUUCCGAUGAAGGCAGAAAUGUUGUAGGCCCGUGUGCUCAGAUUUGGGUGCACGUUAAGGAACCCCAAGUGGUCGAAAUUUCCAGAGCCCUCCACUACGGCAUCUCUCAUAAUCAUAUGGUGGUUUUGGGACGUUAAACCCCACGUAUCAAUCAAUCAAUUAUUUCUUUGCAGUAAGGUUCUAUGGCAUAACAUUAUAUGCAGGGUGCUGUUUUUUCUUAGGGCAUAAAUAUUUUCAAGAAAGAGUUUGACAGGGAGCUUUCGAAACACUUGACCUUCACAAGCUCAUUGAAAUCGAAAUUGACUGGGGUAAAAAGAAUGCAUAUAAUAACGCUCUCACCAGCCACACUUAAAGUCACUCUACAGUCAGCUUUCACAUGGUACUGUUGCAAACAGGCGAAUUGUGUCAUGUCUUUUUCUGGCAGAGAGCGUGCAACAGAUGGACCUACUGCAAGACAAGAUGUCCGUAUGGCAUAGUUGUUUAUUCUUCGUCUCCCGAGCUGCAACGGCUUGCAAGGGCUGCCGCCACAAUAGGGCGAAGGAACGAGACGAAAAGGAAAGCGUACGCAGGAGAUUGUCAUAAGCAUAUGCAAAGGCACAGUGUAAGAGGCAACAGACAAAGCUUGGGCUUUCGAGUUCCGACGCUCACCGCACUUUUCUGUUUGGCAAGCAGCCCAUUUUAUGCCGGUGGUAGUGAAUUCUGACAGAAAUUUGCUGCCCCACAAAAUUGGUGUGAGAUAAAAUGAUGAGCUGGAUUCGGCACAGCUGCAACACUUCAAAGUGCUGUGCUAUUGCCCGAAGUACAAAAAUUAAAAAAAAACUGGGUUUCUUCAUUAUUAAAGUAACUUGAAACGCUUAAGAAUAAUGCUGAAUUCCGAUAGUGUGCCAUCUAAACUGUGUUGCAAAUAAAGGAAGGAGAAGGCGCGGCAGGCACAAGCAUGAGCCACGGGGCGCUGGCUUGCUCAGUUGUUCCUUUGACCUUCGACGUAGCCAGCGGAUCGACUCCAGGAUACCCUUCUUGGUUUCUUGCACUUCGUUAUUGGCCAUGCUACAAACUGACAAAGCAUCCUUGCAAUCUUUGCAGUGCCAGACUCAAAUGCACAAGGAAUAACAUGCCAAUGAGAUGAACACAAGUGACAUUAACAAGCGCUUUCUGAAAAUUGACAACUCAGAUGAUAAUAUUUGCAUAAACAACUGAAUGAUUUUAUAUGGGUCGAUGUUCUAAAAAGGACAUAAAUGAAAUCACUGUAAAUAUAUUUUUUUCACCUAAGUUUCAACGGCACUACCUGCUAGCCACACAGUCUGGCAUCAGCAUGUGUGCAAAAAUUCACGGACUGCAACUUCUAUUAAGUUUAGGCUAGGAAAAAUAAUGCUUCACCAGAUAAUCUAACGGAAUUGCAAGAGGUUUAUAACCACUGCAAGUAAGUUGCAGUCAGUUUGCCGUUCAUUUUUAUAUGCAUCCGAUACGACAAGCCGUGCACAUGUAACGUAAUGUCAUUGUACAAAAACGUGUAGCCAAGUCAUCUAAAUCUUGUAUCCGCAUCCUCGGCCUUGUCAACACAGUUACACUUUAGACACGUCGAGAAAUGUCAAGCAUCAUUCACUGUGCAAUUGUUCCCAUUUACAGGAACAAAAGCUUUGCUGAGAACCCCUGUACGAAAAUCUAGCGUAAGAAUGUUCAAAACAUGCCAGGCAUAUGUAGAUGCACAGUAAUCUCAGCUGUUCAGCACCAAGUUGAAAAGCACGUCAGGCCUGCUUGCCACUCACAAUCAUUAAUAUCUUUGCCAUCAAUAUAUGCUAACAAAUCCUAAAUCGUAAUGUAGCAGUCCAACAUCACAGUUGCUGGAAUGUUGUCUUCACCAGAAUGAACCCUAUAAAAAUCCCUUUGUGGAAGCAGAUGCAGUAUUACCUUCAUCUAAAGUGGUACUUGGCUACAUGACCCGCUGUUAUAGAAAGUUGGCCGACUAGGUUUGAGAUCAAGAUUACACGAGCAGCACAGAACACGCAAUGAAGUGAAGCAAAAGCAAAUUAUAAGGGACUUUAUGCUACACAGGCAAGUGCUAUUUGCAAUAUCAGUGGUCCAAGCUAUUUCCUGACAAAAUUGCAAUAUGCUAUGGCUGCCAUGUUAAGCAAAAUAUAUGCGUACAAUAGCAAGAUACAUCUAUACGACUAUUCUGUUAUUCGGCCAACUUUGCGCACUAAUCCUGCUGAGAUGUCUUUCGAAUGCGUAAUGGCUUGUGUCAGAAAAACAAAAAGCUACUAAUUUAUGCACAUUGCAACAUAACUUGCAGAGAGCUUGCUGUUGGUUUGUCACUGUUAGAAGUCGUAGCACUUAAUAAUUGUGUUAUGUCCCCCUUUAACUUCUGUGGAUACACAGGGCCUUUAUUAUAACAGGACAUCAAAGCACGCUGGAUAAUUGAAAGUAGUGUAAUAAGAGAAACAGCUGAGCACAAGCCUGCUGUUAUGUUCGUACAACCUCCGAGAGCACAGAUAAUAUUUUACGACGCUUCCAGAGCUGGUACGGACUUUGCUCACCAAGUGGAAGUACUUUGCCAAGUUCUUUCUGUUAUUUAUUGUGCACUAUUCAGUGUCACUGAAUAUUCCAGGUACACUACACCAUUCACAAAAUGAGAUAACAUUACAUUGUAGCAUUCAGCUUUCAAGAGUGGCCUUCACAUGAAGUUGGUCGUUUCUUGCCACAGCCUCUGCUUGUGAUCCUGCUCAACAAUUUCUUCAAGCGUGCUGGCAGCUUGGGAUUCAUUUGUUAUGAUCAUCAUUGUUUGCUAGCAAAUGUACAAAUGUGUGUCGUGCAGUAUUGUUUGUUACUUAUGAAAAGUGGCUCGAAGUGACUGACUCGCUGUAAUUUGAUAAAAGAAAUGGUGUGUUGUUGGACUUGUCACCCAAGUACACUUUCAUUGAACAGUACACCAUUUUCUACAUAAAUGUGCUAUUUCUCGCUACACAAAUAAGUUGUUCAUACAUCUGUACAUAUGCAUCUUCAAGCUCAUGGUGGCGGCAUGUAUUUUGUUGUAGGUAUGUUAAAGGGACCCUAAAUCUGUUUUUACAAUUUUGUCAGCAUUUAGGCUAUAGCUUCAUCAAAUCAUUAGCACCACAAAUUAAGCAAUGCACCGUGUACUAAGGCAACUAUGGGUAUAUGUAUGCCCCACUUCUCGUCACUGCCUUGCUUCCUCAACUCGCUGAAUGCUAGGCUAUUGCUAAUGACUGAAGCACGCUUGACGGGUGGGGCUCUGCUGAGUGUGGCGAACAGCGCACUUGGCACAUGCCAUUUCAAAAAGUGCAGGGGGAUCUGCUCCGACAGGUGUCGCUUAACUAGCAGUCAUUCUUACUUUGUUCUCCUGUACAGGGACAAUCUGCAAAAGCAUGCAGACAAUCAAAAAGUAUUCCAGAAUGAUCACCAAUAGGGUGAGUGGUUGCAUCUUCAGAGGCGAGGUUACAGCCACAGAUACAUGAACUUCUGGCAUUGGUUAGAUAGUGAGAGCCCAAUGUUGACUGCAUCGACGAGUUGAAGCAACUCCACUCGCCAUCUAGAUGCCUUGCAAGUCUUACAUGCUGUUGCAGCUUUACAAGUCGCCAAUUGCUAGAUUUGCAACAUACAACUCGGCUAGGACAAUUUAUAUAGUCGGCCAAAAAAAACCUCAGUAUAAACACUGUUGCACUGCUCACGUGAACACGGAGCUUGUUAUGACACAGGCAGAUGAUGCUCGCUGUCCGGCAGAGGUUCAGUGAUGUAUACUGAACAUAUUUAAUCAGCUGGAGGUAGCAAAAGGAAUGCUAAUUCGAUACAUAACUGUUGAAAAAGUGCAAACACAGGAAGGACAUCGAGGGCGGGUGCCGAGUGAAAGUUUUAUUGAAACCAAGGACAUUUAGACACACGAAAGAAUGCAAAAAGGUUAGGUUAGAGUUUGUCACGUGCAUGACAUCAAAUAAUGAAUUUUUUUGAACUGGUCAAGAAAUGCACGCGACUGAAAUUCUUACUCAAUUUUCUUUUUUUUCUUUAAUCUAGAUAUUCCUUGUUUAUUUAACAAAACUUUCAGUUUGAGUAGCAGUCAACGCCCAUCCUUGUGUCACCUUCUUUCAUCCUGCCUUUGCACUGUUUUUUAAACUUUUGAAUAUCCAAUCAAAUCGUUCACCAUGUGCUAUGUAUAUGAAACACUGCUACACAAAAAGGGCGCCGCAAGUUUAAAACUUGUUUGGCUGUACCUCACAUGUUCAAUCUUAUAAGUUACACAGUUGACAUAAAGCUUAAAUCAGUCUAGAUUCUUAGGACUUGCGUUACCAGCUCAAUGCAUUUAUACCAAACCGUCAAAAUCAUUUCAGGGUCCCUUUAACCCUACACUUGACUGUGUGCUGUCUGUUGAAUGAAAUGUAGUUGUGCUUUUGAAAAUACCAACUGUUAGAAUAGUAAUCUGCCGAAUUUUCAUACAAGUGCAUGCAACCAUCUAUUGUUUGUGUAACACAGACUACAUUCACUUCGCAGUGGUUGCAGUAGGCCUCGAGCAAAUGUACAUAACUGACCUGCCAAAGCUUAUGUAAAUACAAGUUGUACAAAAUGAAA